AAGCUGCUCCCUGGGUUUUAAAAGAGGGGAGCGGGUGUGAUAUCACAUGCUGACACGAUGACUGUGAGACGGGCGGCUGAGGUGACCAGAAAUAAGGAUCACACUCUGCACCAGUCAAGCCGCAGGGUGAACCCCACAGGUAAAGAGAACUCUGGGACUUGGAAAAAACUUGAACUUCUUCAGUUUCACCUAAGCAUCAAAACCCAAGCUGUAAGUACAUUCACCUCGGUCAUAUACAAACAAGAAUUCGACCAAGAGAAGACUCCAUUUAAAGGCCUGGAGAACUGGCCAAGUGACAAAGACUUACAAGGUUUGGGACAUAACAUGCUCAGCAACAAAAUGAUCAUCAAUGACCCAGUGAUGGAAAUAAAUGUCAAAGACCCAGGACUUAUCAUUAAGAAACAGCUGGGAAACACUAAGUCUUCCCCCUCUCCCCAAAAGAUCACCCUAAAGAAAACAUCAAGCAUCAAGGAUAAGAUUUCUGAGUGGGAAGGUAAGAAGGAGACCCUGUCUCCAAACCUUAGCAGGAAAGAGCUUAUCGCCGUAAAGAGACAGGACUCGUUUGGUACCACUUUUGGAGAUACGACUGUUGAUGAUGGAAGAAACCGUCAGAAAACUAACUUUAAAAGGAUGUUCAGCUGGGAAAUGGAAAACAAGGACAUUGAACAGACAGAGUCUCAAAAAGUUGAAAAGAAAAGAGAAAAGGAGGCCAACUUAACCACAGAAAGACUUCAAGAGCAAGUUACAGGCACAAAGAAGGACCAAACAACUGUGCUGAACCAGGUGAAAAGGUUUGAACGUUCACUGAAGGACAGCCCUGCAGAUGGUCUACCGCAGUUACCUGGGACCUAUUACUCACCACAGUCUUUACUGGAUUCAGAGAACCAGGAGAACAAAGUGGGGUCAAAAUCAAAAUGGGGAUCAGACUCUGAGAAUGCUGAGCCUAUAUUUGGGACAGUUGGAGAGGGUAGGGCAUCUCGUAGAACAAGCAAUGCUGAAAAUGUAUAUACAGAGCCCGGAGCCCCUGAGAAGCCAGUACCUAUCAACCCUUUACCAAAACCUAGGAGGACUUUUCGGCACGAGGGAGACCUGGACCCAGUUAGAACAGGUUUACGGAAAAUGAACAGAGACUUACCUCCACUUCCUUGUAUACUUCCCCCUCCACUCCCAACAUCUCCACCUCCAUCAGCUGUCAGCAGGAGACUUUGGAACAGCAAGCACAGAAACAAUGGAAACCACAGAAAGUCCUAUGAAUUUGAAGAUCUACUGCAGUCGUCGGAGAAUGGACGGGUAGACUGGUACGCACAGACUAAGUUGGCCCUUACACGCACUUUAUCCGAGGAGAACGUCUACGAGGACAUCCUAGAUCCCCCAUCAAAGGAAAAUCCCUAUGAAGACAUCGAGACAGACAGCCGUUGUCUAGGAAAGAAGUGUGUUCCUGGACCCGUGGCUCCUGUUCCUGGAACGCUGAGCAAGCAGAAGCCCCCUUUCUUCAGGCAAAACUCAGAGCGGCGCAGCUUCAAGCUGUUGGACCUAAGGAAGCUGGGGAGAGAUGGCGGAGCCUCUCCAAGUAAACUCAGCCCUCCGUCAUCUCCGAGCAGUCCGGAUGACAAUUUCUUCAACAGUGGAGAUCAACAGAACGGGAGACGGAGGAGGAAAAUCCCAAAGCUGGUGAUGCGGAUUAAUUCUAUUUACGAGGCACGGCGUGGAAAAAAAAGGGUGAAGAGGUUGUUACAGUCUGCAGAUAACUCUGGGAGAGUGACAGAUGACAACAGUGAAUCAGACAGUGACACAGAAGAGAAGUUGAAAGCACACAGCCAGCGGCUGGUACAUGUCAAGUCCAGAAUGAGCCUCACCCCGCGGUACCAAACUUUGGAGCGAGAUCUCAUAGAGUAUCAGGAGCGGCAGCUGUUUGAGUAUUUUGUUGUGGUGUCCCUGCAGAAGAAGUCUCCCAGUACAGUGUAUGCUCCAGAGAUCACCCAGCAGUUCCCACUCAAGCUGGAGCGAUCGUUCAAGUUCAUGCGGGAAGCCGGCGAUCAGUUUAAAGCCAUUCCACAGUUCUGUUUCCCAGAUACUAAGGACUGGACACAGGUGACAGAGUUUGACAGUGAGACUUUCUCGUUUGUGCUGACCGGUGAAGAUGGAAGUCGGAGAUUUGGUUACUGUAGGCGACUUUUGCCCAGCGGGAAGGGGAAGAGAUUUCCUGAAGUCUACUGUAUUGUCAGCCGGUUGGGCUGCUUCAACCUCUUCUCAAAGAUCCUGGAUGAGGUGGAGAAAAGGAGAGGCCUCUCUACAGCUCUUGUGCAGCCAUUCAUGAGAGCCAUCAUGGAAGCCCCAUUCCCAGCUUUAGGAAAGAAGAUUACGGUGAAGAACUUCCUGCCUGGGUCAGGAACUGAGGUGAUUGAACUUUGCCGACCUCUGGAUUCGAGACUGGAACAUGUGGAUUUUGAAGCGCUAUUCUCCACGCUCAGUGUACGGCACCUCAUACAAGUCUUCGCCUCUCUCCUUCUGGAAAGAAGAGUCAUUUUUAUGGCAGAAACUCUCAGCACCUUGUCCAAAUGCUGCCAUGCUAUGGUUGCAUUAAUAUACCCCUUUACCUGGCAACAUACCUACAUUCCCGUGCUUCCCCCAGCCAUGAUUGACAUCGUCUGUUCGCCCACUCCAUUCCUGAUUGGUCUGCUGUCCAAUUCCCUGCCCCAUCUGAAGGACCUUCCUGUGGAGGAGGUUCUCCUGGUUGACCUUGGUAACGAUCGCUUACUGAGACAGAUGGACGACGAAGAGUCCAUUCUCCCCCGGAAACUGCAAGCGGCUCUGGAACAGAUCCUGGAGCAGAGGAAUGAGCUGGCCAGUGAUAUAGACAUUUCUGCAAAUGGCCAGCAAGAUUCCAACGCGCUCAACGACGUGGUAUCGGAAGCCUUUGUGCGCUUCUUUGUGGAAAUAGUCGGCCAUUAUUCUCUGUUCAUGGUCCCUGGAGAGCAGGAUGAAAGGACACUCGUCCGGGAGGCCUUUCGCAAAUCUGUGUCCUCCAAGAGCGUCCGCCGAUUUCUGGAGGUCUUCAUGGAGACUCAAAUGUUUGGAGGCUUUACGCAGGAAAGAGAAAUGAGGAAACAGGGAACCAAAGGUCUCUUUGAGGUCAGGGCCCAGGAAUAUCUGGAGACUCUGCCGGGAGGGGAGCAGAGCGGAGUCAACAAGUUCUUCAAUAGAAUAGGGAGUAAAAUGUGGUUUCGUCACAAGAAAUAAGAACCUGAGGAUAGAAGACGGAGAUGAGGACUUUUAAGUUAUUAACAAGUUGUCUCCGCUUUAACCGGAUUUCUUACUGUUGGGAGGCUCCAAGAAAAAAUGGAGGGAAGAAGACGAAGGAAGCAAGGGCCCAUCUUCUUCCCUUGGGAGCCGCUCAUCUCUUCGACCCUCAUCACAGAACUUGUUUGGGGUCUCUUUGCUGUUUCAUGCACUGGACAGACCUAAUAAGCUCACCAUUCAUACCGCAUCAAUGGCCACUAACUUUGCAUUUUUUGGGAUUUUGUUUUUGAACCUUUUGUUUCAGAACUUUAUUUAUAUUAGGAUAAAAACAAUCUUUGCAAGAAGGCAGACUGAAUUUAUCACCUCUAAUGAUUGGGGGUAUUUAACUUUCCAUUGAAUCGGUAUACUGGGGUGCAACGUAUCUGAAGGAGAUAUUUGUAUACAAGGAGAGAAUAACAUAACCUUUAUUAAAGUUUCAGAUGGAGACCAUAUUGUGAACUGGUCAU